UUGGGGCUCCUCGGCGGCGUUGUCGCCUCACAGGAGCCUUGCGAUGGAUGUGCGGAAGCGGCUGGCGUUGCUACUCUGCGCCGCGGCGCUGUUGAGCUGUGGCCUAGCCACCGCUGAUGAAGAAGGAAGUCAGGAUGAGUCAUUAGAAUCAAAGACUUCCUUGCCUUCAGAAGAACAGGUGGGGGACCACUCCACAGGAACCCGUGUUGUGGCAGGUCAGCUCUUCCUUGAGUCAGAGGAAUCAGACUCUCACACUGAAGAUGAAGAGAGCUUUAGGAGCCAAGAAGAGGAGAAAGGGAGCAUGUUGGAGGGGCUUGACUCGCUUGACAUGUCAGACCUAUUAAAUGAGAACUUGGAAGAUGUAGAAAUGCAGAAACCAGUUUUAACAGCCAUCGGAGGCACUGCAGACAGUGAGCCCUGCCACUUCCCCUUCCUGUUCCUGGAGAAGGAGUAUGCAGAAUGUACUGCUGAUGGGAGGGAAGAUGGCAGGCUUUGGUGUGCAACAACCUAUGAUUACAAGAGAGAUCAAAAGUGGGGCUUCUGUGAAACUGAAGAGCAGUCUAAUAAGAGAAGACAGAUGCAGGAAGCAGAGGAUGUUUACCACACUGGGAUGAAAAUCCUUAACGAGAGCAGUAAAAAGGCACAGAAGAAAGAAGCAUAUCAGUAUCUUCUGAAAGCAGCUGACAUGAACCAUACCAAGGCAAUGGAAAAAGUGUCUUAUGCUCUAUUGUUUGGGGAUUACUUGAAGCAAAACAUCCAGUCUGCUAAAGAGCUGUUUGAGAAACUGACUGAGGAGGGAUCUCCUAAAGGGCAAACGGCUCUUGGAUUUCUCUAUGCAUCUGGUCUUGGUGUUAAUUCCAGUCAAGCUAAGGCCCUGGUUUAUUACACUUUUGGAGCUCUUGGAGGAAAUCUGAUAGCGCACAUGAUUUUAGGUUACCGGUACUGGGGUGGGAUAGGAGUCCUUCAGAGUUGUGAAUCUGCUCUCACUCACUAUCGACUUGUGGCUAAUCAUGUGGCUAGCGAUAUAUCUCUGACAGGAGGCACAGUUGUGCAGAGAAUUCGCCUGGCAGAUGAAGUGGAAAAUCCAGGAAUGGCCAGUGGGAUGCUGGAGGAAGAUUUGAUUCAAUAUUACCAGUUUCUAGCAGAGAAAGGAGAUGUACAAGCACAGGUUGGCCUUGGUCAGUUACAUUUACAUGGAGGAAGAGGAGUUGAGCAAAAUCACCAGAGAGCAUUUGAAUACUUCAACCAAGCAGCUAAUGCUGGUAACUCACAUGCCAUGGCCUUUCUAGGAAAGAUGUAUUCGGAAGGAAGUGAUAUCAUACCCCAGAGCAAUGAGACUGCUCUUCAGUAUUUCAAGAAAGCUGCUGAUAUGGGCAAUCCAGUUGGACAGAGUGGGCUAGGAAUGGCUUACCUGUAUGGAAGAGGAGUUCCAGUGAAUUAUGAACUGGCAUUAAAGUAUUUCCAGAAGGCUGCAGAACAAGGAUGGGUAGAUGGACAGCUUCAGCUGGGCUCAAUGUAUUACAAUGGCAUUGGAGUGAAGAGAGACUAUAAGCAGGCUUUGAAAUAUUUUAAUUUGGCCUCCCAGGGUGGUCAUAUUCUGGCUUUCUAUAAUCUGGCACAGAUGCACGCCACUGGCACCGGGGUGAUGCGCUCCUGUCAUACUGCUGUUGAGUUAUUUAAGAACGUAUGUGAACGAGGGCGCUGGUCUGAGAGACUCAUGACUGCCUACAAUAGCUAUAAGGAUGGUGAUUCAAAUGCUGCUGUGGUUCAAUAUCUCCUGUUGGCAGAACAAGGCUACGAAGUGGCACAGAGCAAUGCUGCCUUCAUACUUGAUCAGAAAGAAGCCAGCAUAGUAGGAGAGAAUGAGACUUAUCCCCAAGCCUUGCUGCAUUGGAAUAGAGCAGCCUCCCAAGGUUACACUGUUGCUAGAAUUAAGCUUGGAGAUUACCAUUUCUAUGGCUUUGGUACGGAUGUUGAUUAUGAAACUGCAUUUAUUCACUAUCGACUGGCAUCAGAGCAACAGCAUAGUGCCCAAGCCAUGUUUAACCUGGGGUAUAUGCAUGAGAAAGGACUGGGCAUCAAACAGGAUAUUCACCUUGCAAAACGAUUCUAUGACAUGGCAGCUGAAGCCAGCCCAGAUGCUCAAGUUCCUGUCUUCCUAGCACUCUGUAAACUCGGGCUUGUCUACUCCUUGCAGUAUGUACGAGAAACCAAUAUCAGAGAAAUAUUGUCACAUCUUGACAUGGACCAGCUGUUGGGACCUGAGUGGGACCUUUACCUUAUGACUAUCAUCGCUUUGCUCCUAGGAACAGUUAUAGCUUACAGACAGAGGCAACACCAAGCUAUCCCCAGACCCGCAGGGCUGCGGCCAGCUGUGCCCCAACAAGAACCUCCACCAGAACAUCAGCCGCCACAAUAGCAGCAACAGGAAUUUCAAUGAAAAGAACUGUAUUCUCCAGCAGAAACUAUUUUCAUUGUGAUUUAGAACAGAUCAAUGGUCCUUUUCCCCCCAAAAGAGGCUCAAAGAAGCAUAAAAUUCUGAAAGCUGCUUAGAAUGAUGCCUUUUUUCAGGGAUAAGUAACUUUUUCUAGACUGAUUUGAAUGUUAUUUCAGUGCCAAUGGAAUAACACAAUCGCUUUUUUUGUGAAACACAAGUGUGCUACUACAAAAGUGAUGCCUGCUAUAUCCAAUUUCUCUUUAUUCGAAGUCCCUUUUUCAUCAUCGCUUAAAGUGUGUGGAAAACAUUGGCUAAUAGGAGCUGGCCCAUGUAGAAAGAAAAAAUGUUGGAAGGCUGAAAACCUGAACUCUGCUUUUCUGAGCAAAAAGAGAUCCUCUAGAACUGUGAGAGAAUUUGUUUUUCUUAUCUGCAUCCCAAGUAUUCCUACAGACCUUAUUUUAAUUAUUCUUUAAUAAUAGUUUCACAGUUUAUGUAGUCUCAUUAUUUAUCUUUGAUGGCUUAACCUGGAUGUUCCAUUCAGAGGAAGCAAAAACAAAAGCAAAAUCUGUAACUAGUGAGAAAAUUUCUUGUUCUCUGUGAUUUGCACUUUUGGGGUUUUGUUUUUCCCUUGCAGCAUACGUUUUUGCUAAUGGCCAAUCUCUAUUCCAGAAGGUGAAUAGGGAUAGAUAGCAUUUGUAAAAUAAAAGAAUGAUUUAACAAAU